GAGACCGUCGUUGCUUCCCUGGAAGUUUAGUUUAGCCCACCGAAACGAGAUUCCGUCUUUUCUUUUCAGUGGAGUUCAACCCAGCUUCCUAACUCCUGCCAAAUCUCCUCCACUCCUUCAAGUCUUGGGCCCUCGGGGCUAACACUCGCUAACACUCUUUUAUUUCUCGUAGCCUACCUCUCUUUACUACCUCUUAUCUCCACCUCCCCCUUCCUUCGUUUUUUACUGUCUCUGGGAAGAAAGAAAGAUCACUGUACUUACCAUAAGAUCCAUCGUAAUGCUGAACGAAGGACGACACUCACAACACCCUACACUUCUUCAAGACCAAUCCUUCGAUAGCUACCAAGCCCAUCACAUGCGCCUCGGUCGUUUUUGUCAUAUUACCUACAUUUAGGAUGGGUACUCUUAGGAAAGCUCUCUCGUUGCUUCCUUUCAUAAAACCUUCGAAAUCCAAGUUCAUCUACGAUGAGUUACCUUCCCAUGACUUAAGCCAUACAAGUUCGCCCCUAGACGAGUCGCCGCCCAUCAUGUCGGAGGUCUGGCGCAAAGGUAAAUCGACACCUCGUCGACGACUAGGAUGCUUAUUUCGGACCUCCCCUCGAAGACUGUUCAUUAUCACACUCACUGUAUUCUUUACUCUUGUUCUUUUCAUUGGUGGAAGUUUUCGCGCACGACGUUAUUAUGUUGAGAAGGCCGAGGAGACGGAGCGAAUCCCGUAUCAUUGGGAGUUGUAUCCCAGACUGAAUGGGUUCUACAAUGGCAUUCGCUCGCUUAUUGAUUACUCAGACUGGAUCCCUGAGCAGCAAGCAACUACCAAGACAAGGCCGCAAAUUCACAAGACUCCCACUUUCGACCCAAUCACAGUUAAUCCCUUCCCUGAUUUCAACUCUGAAAAGUAUCUCAAGGAUCACCAACCUGUGCUGGAAUGUUAUGUGGAUGAAAGUGAGAAACACCCCGCACCGGAUAUCUACGCCUACCCCGGUAUACCAGAUGGCAUGACAGCUCCUUAUUGGGGUUCGUACGAGAACCUUGGACUUGCAGCGGAUAGAUGUUGGGAACGUUUUGGGCGCUUUGGACCAUACGGCUACAGCUACAGCCCCGCCGAAGGAGGACUUGGACUUUCCAACAAUUCGGAACACACUGGAGCCGAGAAGAUUCAAGAGAAGCUCACCAAGAUCGACUAUCGCAAUGUGAACUGGGGCAAAGCGCAGAAGAAGUGUUUCGAGAAGAACUGGCAGCGAUUCAAGUCCAACGCAACACAAGCUGAUGAAAAUUAUGGCCUGAAGAAGGCAGUGAAGCGAUCAGCUUAUGUUUUGCGAACAUGGACUGGUUACCAGUACACUGACAUCCAGCUCUUAUCCCUACGCGCCAUGAUCAACGAGCUCUCAUUGAAAUCUGGUGGAGAAUACGAUGUGCACCUUCUAGUCCAUGUUAAGGAUGAUACUAUACCAAUCUUCGAGUCAGAGGAGAUCUACAACCAAACCUUGAGGGAGAAUGUUCCAGAGGAAUUUUGGGGUAUAACAACAUUGUGGUCGGUUCCGCAAAUGCGGGCGUUUUAUCCUGGACCAUUCCGCGACGAGGAUAAUGUUGAGAACCACUCGAAAUCCGAUAUCUAUGGCGUCUAUCGAAGUGCUCAUUUCGCUUUGCAAUGGUUUUCGCAGCAACACCAGGAAUACGACUUCGUUUGGAACUGGGAGAUGGAUAUAAGAUAUACCGGUCACUACUAUGAGUUUCAUAAUGGCGUUGCUACUUGGGCAGCUGAACAACCUCGGAAACUGUUAUGGGAGCGAAGUUCCCGAUUCUGGAUUCCCGGCGUUCACGGUUCCUGGCCCAAAUUCUCCCAACUUGUGGAACGUGAGACGAAAGAAAGGAACGAGCAGCCAGUUUGGGGACCUGUGGACUUCCCGACUGCCGGCGCUGGUAGGCCCUCGUCUCUUGAAAAGAACAUACCCCCGACAAAGAUUGAGGAUGAUGAUUACCAAUGGGGAGUGGGCGAAGAUGCUGAUCUAAUCGUAUUCAAUCCGCUAUUUGAUCCGACGAAGACAAAUUGGGUCUUCCGCAACGAUGUCUCGGGAUACAAUACGUCGAUUGAAACACCACCUCGCCGUGUAGCAAUCAUCACCGUGGCACGACUUUCCAGGGAGCUGCUGAACACCAUGCACAAUGAGACCUUCCAAUUCCAUCGCACUAUGUUCCCGGAAAUGUGGCCCCCAACUGUUGCUCUGCACCAUGGAUUUAAAGCUGUCUAUGCACCUCAUCCGGUUUAUUUUGACCGAAAAUGGCCGCUGAAUAUCAUGGACAACACUUUCAACUAUCCAACUGCGCCGCACGAUAGUCCUUUUGGCUGGGGUGAACAUAAUAUGCAGGGUGGCACCUUUUACUAUAAUGCGGGUUUCAGCGGUGCUGUCUGGCGGCGAUGGUUUGGGGCAAAGGAGAAUGGUGAAGGUGGAAAGAAGUUCGAGGAGAAGAACUCAGGUCGCAUGUGCUUAAGAGCAAUGCUUCACCAUCCUAUAAAAUCCGAAGCCAUCGAAUAGGUGUUGUUGAGGGUUAUGUGCAUCUGAUUUUGGCGUAUGUGGCGUUGAAGGGGAUGCCAAAGAAUGGGUUCUAGGCUUUAGGUUUGACUUCAGAGAGAGAGAGAGAGGGUGUGUAUGGGAGAGCAUUUAGGUGUUUGCAGAUUCGGCGUUUUUCCGUGUCAGAUCCAUGGCAUCAUAGCAUUCGAGACUCGGAUCCUCCGCAUAUGGCAUCAUGGGGGUUGAUACCCGUUGAUUUAUGGCAAUGAGGCAUUUUCAUCUUUAUUACCCCUUUUCCCUCCCGCUAAUAGGAAGACACACACAUACAUACUUACACAUAGGCACCGAAGACCGACGCGGUUGACAGGCCUAGUGGAUGACUGAGAAAUGAGGGUUACAUGGAAUGAUCAGGCCGGCGAGCCAAGAAGGUCCUGCUUGCACUGAUCUAUUGUGUAUAAAGUAAUAUCUACGAAGAAGAAGUCAAAACGAAUGUUAAUACCCCAGAUAGAACUCAAAUGAUGCUUUGUCGUUAA